AUGGCUCCUGUCUCCGUGAAAGACGUAGAUGGACAUCUUUACAUCAAAGCACUGGCGCAGUUUCUCAAGAAAACCGGGAAGGUAAGGCUACCCGAUUGGACGGACGUGGUUAAACUAUCAUCAGCCAACCAGUUAGCACCAUAUAACCCUGACUGGUUUUACGUUCGAUGUGCCGCUAUACUCCGGCAUUUGUACAUCAGGCCUACUGGCUUGACUGGUUUAAGUCAAGCGUUCUCCAGAAAGAAGCGCAAUGGUGUCAAACCAUGUCAUCGUUCCCUUGCACAUUGUUCGGUCAUAAGAAAAGCCAUACAACAAAUGGAGGCACUUGGAAUGUGUCAGAAGCGUGAAAAUGGUGGAAGAUGUCUUACAUCAACUGGAAGACGUGAUUUGGACCGCCUAGCAUACCAAAUUCUGAAAGAGCGUCAUUAA